UAAGAUCAUGUGGGACCGGGACGAUCUAUUUAUUAUUAUUAUACCUCUCUGUUACAAACAAACACAUGUUUAUCACGGAGAAGGAAAGAAGAGAUGGAGAUGAUGAUUCUCAAGAAACUGUUUAUAAUGGACAUGAUGAUGUUGCCUCCUUUAAAUGGAACAGGAGCAGCAGUGAUUGAUGAUCUAACAGACAUUGACAUCAAGCUACCAAUGCUAGUCUUUGUAUGGAGAUAGAAGCCGCUUGGUUAUGAGAUUGCUGGAGCCACCAAUUGCUUUGGUUAGGACCAGAGCAAUCACGUCAUUUAUUCUCAACCACAACACUGUCUUCUUUGAUGUUAGUAGUCUUGCAUCUUAUUUUGAGUGUUUGUGUUUGG